AUGGGGAAGGACGGCUGGGGGUGCCCGUGGGUGUGCGGGAAACGCUUCGGCUGUAUCGACCAGGACGGGCUGACCCUGCCUGAACGGACCCUCUACCUUGGGCAGGAUGAGGAGAGCGAGAAGAUCCUGGCUGCAUACCGAGUGUUCAUGGAGCGACUGCUCACCCUCCUGGGGGCCGAGCACGUGGAGCAGAAAGCCCAGGAGAUCCUGCAGCUGGAGCAGCACCUCGCCAAUAUUACAGUGUCCGAGUAUGAUGACGUGCGGAGGGACGUCGGAAGCAUGUACCACAAAGUGACCCUGGCCGAGCUGCAGCGCAUCACCCCCACGCUCAAGUGGAAGCGCUUGCUGGACCGCAUCUUCCACGACAACUUCUCGGAGCAGGAGGAGGUGGUGCUGCUGGCCACCGACUACAUGCACAGGGUGUCCGACCUCAUCCGUGUGACACCCAGCAGGAUCCUUCACAACUACAUGCUGUGGCGCAUCGUGGUGGUGCUGAGCGAGCACCUCUCCACCCCGUUCCGCGAUGCCAUCCACGAGCUCUCCAAGGAGAUGGAGGGCAAUGAGAAGCAGCUCGAGCCGGGUAAGAUCUGCCUGAGCCAGGCCAACAAGCACUUCGGCAUGGCCCUGGGAGCCCUCUUUGUUGAGGAGCACUUCUCCUCUGCCAGCAAAGCCAAGGUGCAGCAGCUGGUGGAGGACAUCAAAUACAUCCUUGACCAGCGCCUGGAUGAGCUGGACUGGAUGGAUGAGGAGACACGGAGAGCAGCCAGGGCCAAGCUCCGGUAUAUGAUGGUGAUGAUUGGGUACCCCGAUUUCCUCCUGAAGCCAGAGGCCAUCGACAAGGAAUAUGAGUUUGAGGUGGAUGAGAAGACCUACUUCAAGAACAUCCUCAACAGCAUCGCCUUCAGCAUCAGGCUCUCGGUGAAGAAGAUCCGGCAGGAGGUGGACAAGUCUGUGUGGCUGCUGCCUCCCCAGGCACUGAACGCCUACUACCUGCCCAACAAGAACCAGAUGGUGUUCCCUGCUGGCAUCCUGCAGCCCACCCUCUAUGACCCCGAGUUCCCGCAGUCGCUGAACUAUGGUGGGAUUGGCACCAUCAUUGGGCACGAGCUGACCCAUGGCUACGAUGACUGGGGGGGACAGUACGACCGGCACGGGAACCUGGUGCACUGGUGGACGGAGCGGUCGUACAGCAAGUUCCUGAAGAAGGCGCAGUGCAUUGUCAACCUCUACGACAACUUCACUGUCUACAACCAGAGGGUGAAUGGCAAACACACACUGGGGGAGAACAUCGCUGACAUGGGGGGGCUCAAACUCGCCUACUACGCCUACCAGAAGUGGGUGCGGGAGCACGGCCCCGAGCACCCCCUGCACCACAUGAAAUACACACACGACCAGCUCUUCUUCAUCGCCUUUGCCCAGAACUGGUGCAUCAAGCGGCGAUCCCAGUCCAUCUACCUGCAGGUGCUGACAGACAAGCAUGCCCCGGAGCACUACAGGGUCCUGGGCAGUGUCUCACAGUUUGAGGAGUUUGGACGUGUCUUCCACUGCCCCAAGAACUCGCCCAUGAACCCGGUGCACAAGUGCUCGGUGUGGUGAGGCCAAUGCCCCUCCAGCAGGCUGGGACGCUCCAUCCCCACCCCUGUGCCCACUCCCCAACUUCCCAUCUCCCCUUCCUAUUCUCCAGGUAAAGGGGGUGCCCUCGGGUGUCACAGGGGGUCACCCCAAAAGCAGGAACCUGCCAUAGACACUUGGGUUGGGCAAUUGCCUCCUGCCCUUCCCCUCCUACCCACUGCCCUGCACACUGAGGGGUCCUCAUUCCCCAUGGAGGAACAAGGGCAUGCCCAGGCACAUCUGUACCCCCUUUUCUGUCCAUCCAGCCCAAACCAUUCACCCAGCCCUACCACAUCCAUCCCAGUGUCAGUCAAACCAGGGACAGGACUCCAGUUUCCAUGGGGGUGCCCCAUGGCAAAAGCCUCCCCUGCACAGUGCCCUCCCUGGCAUUCCCCAUGCCAGCCCCUUCCUGUCCAUGCACCAGCCCUGCCAGGGUGGGGCACAGCCGCAGAGCCAGGGCUGGGCAAUGCCAGCCUGCCUGGGAGCGUGGGCACACGGACAUUGCUGUACUUUUCGCUGCUGUUUCUGGUCAAUAAAGCACUGGAUAUACUG